UACUUUCGGGCUUCGCGUUUGUGUCGGCCUUCUCUGUCGCCCGAGGGGCCCCGAGGACAGGCUAGAUUCCUGGCUCCGCUGGGCCCCGGGGCUCCCUGCAGAACGCCGCUCGGCGCCUCGGAUGGCGCGGCUCUUUCGCGCGUGGCGGACUUGUUGGGACUUGCCCGAGCGGCGCGGCGAGCCGGGCCCUGCCAGGGCGUGGAACUGGAAGCCCGGCGCCGCCCUGGGCUUAGGUCUGGAGUUGCUGGUUGGCAGGGAACUGCUCCCUGCGUACCUUACUCAGCCCUCCUGGGUUUCGUUAGCUAGAGAUUUACUGCAUCCUUCCUUGGACGAGGAAAAGAAAAAACAUAAAAAGAAACGGCUGGUUCAAAGUCCAAAUUCUUACUUCAUGGAUGUAAAAUGUCCAGGUUGCUACAAGAUUACCACGGUCUUCAGCCAUGCUCAGACAGUAGUGCUUUGCGUAGGCUGUUCAACAGUGCUGUGCCAGCCAACAGGAGGAAAGGCCAGACUCACAGAAGGCUGUUCAUUUAGAAGGAAGCAACACUAAUGAUCCACACAACUUCUUGAAUUUGUGUUCUAUCGCAGAAAGCCUUAUCAGUUCAGUAAUUCCAGUUAAUCUACCAAGAUAAUGUAAUACAUUUAAUUUUGUAAGGUAUACAGCAACACUCUCCUAUUUUGGUGUCAGUUUUUCAAUAAAGUUUUGAUUAUGGGCAAAUUA